CGCUUUCUACCUCCUCUACUCCUCUUCUUUUUAGCGAAGCAAACCCUCACCUCUUCUCUACUCUCUCUCUCUCUCUCUCUCUCAAGCUCGGCGGAGGCGGAGGCAAGCAAAGCCUUCUCCCCUCGCCUCACCUCGCAAUCCACCUUGGGCGGGCCGUCCGGCGAGCUGAGCGCGGCGGCGCCCUCCUUACUCCUCCCUCCCCACGUGCGGCCCCGUCGGAGCACGGCGGCGACGAAGAACCAGGGGGGUGGGGGGGCGAGGAGGAGGGCAUCAUUCCACCGGCUGAUUCAUUCUUCUUGGCUCGAGUCGAAUUGGAGAGGUAAUUGCUUGCCUUCUGAGGAACUGCGGGAGGGAGCGAGGAGUCGUGGAGCGACUCUUGAAGGAUGGCGGAAGGUGCCAAAUUCCAUGGGAUCGUUGGCGCUGUUGGCGCGCAUGAUGUUGGCGGGAACUUCUGUGACAUGGGGUACUACCAGAAGCUAGGGGAGGGCUCCAACAUGUCGAUCGAUAGCCUUAACAGCAUGCAGACAAGCAUAUACGGUGGUUCGGUUGCAAUGUCAGUGGACAACAGUAGUGUUGCAUCUAGUGACUCUCGUACCGGGAUGCUUAAGCAUCCUGGCCUCAGGGGUCCAGUCAUUGUGUCUAGCUAUUCUGUCGGGAACAGCAUUUUCCGUCCAGGGCGUGUGUCGCAUGCCUUGAGUGAUGAUGCAUUGGCACAGGCUUUGAUGGACUCUAGGUUCCCCACUGAGACACUCAAGGAUUACGAGGAGUGGACCAUUGAUUUGGGUAAGCUGCACAUAGGGAUGCCAUUUGCACAAGGUGCCUUUGGGAAGCUCUAUAGGGGAACCUACAAUGGAGGCGAUGUCGCAAUUAAGCUUUUGGAGAGGCCAGAGGCUGACCCUGAGAAAGCUCAGUUGUUGGAGCAGCAAUUUGUGCAAGAAGUCAUGAUGCUCGCAACGUUGAGGCACUCAAAUAUUGUCAAGUUUGUUGGUGCAUGCAGGAAGCCAAUGGUUUGGUGUAUUGUGACUGAGUAUGCGAAGGGCGGAUCCGUUAGGAAUUUUUUGAAUAGAAGGCAGAAUAGGUCUGUCCCACUGAAGCUUGCAGUGAAACAGGCAUUGGAUGUUGCACGUGGCAUGGCAUAUGUUCAUGGCCUUGGAUUUAUUCACAGAGAUCUUAAGUCAGACAACCUAUUGAUUUCUGGAGACAAAUCUAUCAAGAUUGCUGACUUUGGAGUGGCUAGGAUUGAAGUGAAGACUGAGGGAAUGACACCUGAAACAGGAACUUACCGCUGGAUGGCUCCUGAGGUGAUCCAGCACAGACCAUAUGACCAAAAAGUCGAUGUCUACAGUUUUGGCAUCGUCCUGUGGGAGCUAGUAACUGGGAACCUUCCUUUUGCAAACAUGACAGCAGUGCAAGCUGCAUUUGCGGUGGUGAACAAGGGUGUCCGCCCAGCCAUACCCCAUGACUGCCUCCCUGCCCUCGCAGAGAUCAUGACCAGGUGCUGGGAUGCAAAUCCUGAUGCCCGUCCCCCGUUCACCGAGGUGGUCAGGAUGCUGGAGCAAGUGGAGAUGGAGGUCGUUAACACUGUCCGGAGGGCCCGCUUCCGGUGUUGCAUCUCCCAGCCAAUGACCCUAGACUGAGUCACAGCCAGGAUCCAGGGUGGAAAAAGGCAACCUGGAGAAAAGUUAAGUCCUGUGUACCUAUCAUAUUAAUAGGCCUGUUCUGCAGAGAAGAUGAAAGCCCAAGCUGAGUGUACUUGGCGUCGCGCGUUCUCUUCGUUUACCCUAGACAAUACCUAGUAUCUAUCGUCAGACUGGAAUGUAUUAGCGGUAGCUUUUUAUCUUUGACAACAAAAAAACACCAUGCAGGGCUCUUGUUGCAACAACCGCAUGUUCCUGCUGUAUGUUAUCUGUUGUAAUCAUCCUGCUUGGAACAUGUGCAAGGCUGCAAGGCUUGAUGCCUAAUAGUAUAUAUAGCAUAUGUAUAAUUACCUGGCAUGUGUCAUACCUGUUUUUAUAGUUCUGGCAUGUGUUUUUUAACCUGCUUCCAUAGUUCUGAACUUCUUAUUGAUGCAGCUUUCAUGGUUAAUGUUA